ACCUCACACCACCCGCAAAAUCCUAGUGCAGCCCGGCUUAACCUCUGACUUCGACUUCGUCAACACCUCGCCCGUCUUGCUCUCCCCUCACCCACCCCCAAUUCGCCCACCUCCACCACCACCUUCCUCUCACCAUGUCGCCAAUCUCCGUCUUCCGUGUCGCAACUCGCGCCGUCCGUCCCUCCGGCUUCAUCAGAGCCGCUCAAUUGCCCCGGGCCCGCGUGCAGUUCCCCAUCGCUCAGGCUAUCAGCCGCCCCAGCUUCAGCACCUCCGCUCAGCGCUACUCUGGCCACCACGAGGACGAGACCUUCGAGGAGUUCUCUGACAGAUUCGAGAAGGAAUUCGACGGUGUCCAGGAUGUCUUCGAGCUCCAGCGCAACCUGAACAACUGCUUCGCCUACGAUCUCGUCCCCUCCGUUGAGGUCCUCACCGCCGCUCUCAAGGCUGCCCGUCGUGUCAACGACUUCCCCACUGCCGUCCGUGUCUUCGAGGGCAUCAAGGCCAAGGCCGAGACCAAGGAACAGUACAAGCAAUACCUCGAGGCUCUUGAGUCGCUCCGCCUGGAGCUGGGUGUUCCUCUCCGUGAGGAGCUCUACCCCGAGGAGCAGUAGACGCAGAACCUAAACCCUCUGUGUCCGGAGUUCACCCGUCUCGUCUCGUCGUUUUAUCUUUUUUAUGUUGUCAGUCAGUUAAAGAUAAGGAACGCUGUAUAC